AUGCCAUACUUACAGGCAGGAGCGCUUGAAAACGCAAGAAAAGAAUUGAAGAACCUUUCCAUCGACGAAGAGGAGUCGCACUAUGGAUCGGUGUACUCGGUGUCGGGACCAGUUGUGAUCGCGGAAAACAUGAUUGGAUGUGCGAUGUACGAGUUGGUGAAAGUUGGACACCAGAACUUGGUCGGAGAGGUUAUCAGGAUCAGUGCCGACAAGGCCACCAUUCAGGUGUAUGAGGAGACGGCAGGACUCACGGUUGGAGACCCGGUGAUGCGGACAGGAAAGCCACUUUCUGUGGAGUUGGGUCCGGGAUUGAUGGAGACGAUUUAUGACGGUAUUCAGAGGCCUUUGAAGGCAAUCAAGGAUGCCUCGCAGUCGAUCUACAUCCCCAGAGGUGUGGAUGCUCCGGCACUCUCGCGGACGAAGCAGUAUGAGUUCAAGCCGAUCGACGGAUUGAGAGUCGGCGACCACAUCAGCGGUGGAGACGUUUUUGGAAUUGCGUACGAGAACUCGCUCAUGUCGGAGCACAAGAUCAUGCUCCCACCGCGGGCCAGGGGUACGGUUGUGAAGAUUGCCGAAUCGGGCAGUUACACGAUUACAGAACCGGUGAUCGAGAUCGAAUACGAGGGAAAAACCAGAGAGUACUCGAUGAUGCACACGUGGCCUGUUCGUGUGCCAAGACCGGUUGCACAGAAGAUGGCGGCAGACUAUCCACUAUUAACGGGUCAGAGAGUGCUCGAUGCGCUUUUCCCCGAUGUGCAAGGUGGAACAACGUGCAUUCCAGGAGCCUUUGGAUGCGGUAAGACGGUUAUCUCCCAGUCACUCUCGAAGUACUCGAAUUCGGACGUGAUCAUCUACGUGGGAUGCGGAGAGAGGGGAAACGAGAUGGCCGAGGUGUUGAUGGAUUUCCCCGAGUUGUACACCACGGUUAACGGCAAGAAAGAGCCCAUCAUGAAGCGGACUACCUUGGUUGCAAACACGUCUAACAUGCCGGUUGCAGCCAGAGAGGCCUCCAUCUACACCGGAAUUACGCUUGCCGAGUACUUCCGGGACCAGGGCCGCAACGUUUCGAUGAUUGCCGACUCGUCUUCGCGGUGGGCCGAGGCCUUGCGUGAGAUUUCCGGCCGGUUGGGUGAAAUGCCCGCCGACCAGGGUUUCCCCGCCUAUUUGGGUGCCAAGUUGGCCUCCUUCUACGAGCGGGCAGGCCGGUGUAUCGCACUCGGCUCCCCGGACAGGCAGGGCUCGGUUUCCAUCGUGGCAGCCGUCUCUCCACCCGGUGGAGACUUCUCUGACCCCGUGACUACCGCCACAUUGGGUAUCACGCAGGUUUUCUGGGGUUUGGACAAGAAGUUGGCACAGAGAAAGCACUUCCCCUCUGUCAACACGUCCAUUUCCUACUCCAAGUACACCACGGUUCUCAACAAGUUCUACGAUGCGAACUACCCAGAGUUCCCCGUGUUACGGAACAAGAUCAAGGAGAUCCUGUCGAAUGCCGAGGAGUUGGAGCAGGUGGUCCAGUUGGUCGGAAAAUCCGCUCUUUCCGACUCCGACAAGAUCGUCUUGGAUGUGUCCACCUUGAUCAAGGAGGACUUCCUCCAGCAGAACGGUUACUCGUCCUACGAUGCUUUCUGCCCGAUCUGGAAGACCUACGACAUGAUGCGGGCCUUCGUCGCCUAUUUCGACGAGGCCCAGAAGGCCGUUGCUUCCGGAGCUCAGUGGUCCAAGCUUGCUGAUGCCACUGCCGAUGUCAAGCAUGAAGUUUCGUCCGCCAAGUUCAUGGAGCCAAGCCUUGGCGAGGAGAAGGUCCGUGCUGAUUUGGACAAGUUGGUCCAGAGGGUCUCUGAUAGAUUCCAGGAGGCCUCCGAGUGA